GUAAAGAAGGAAAUUGCUAGUUCUCAUCGAUUGGAAGAUGCCAAAGGAAAAGAAGGCUAAAAAACCGAAGAAGGCCGUACCGGACAUUCAACCGGUGGACGGACUCAGUGCCGUGGACCGACAGUUCUUUGAGAUAACCAUCAACGAUUUGAACCAAAAGUUGGCCCGACUAAGAACGCAUAAUGUCAAAAUUGAGGAGCGUAACGAGGAGUUGGAAAGUAAGCUGAAGCAAAUCGAGGAAGAUCGAGCCGAUGUGACGGCUUUUCUAGACCGAACCCUACAGGAAAAACUGGCAGUGAUUAUUGAGCUCGAGGACAAGCUAAGUGAGUUGUCAAAGGUUCGAGACCAGGAGAAUGAAGAAUGUAAGAAGCAGAUUGUCACCUUGGAUGCAAAGUACAAGGCAAUGCACGAACAGUUGACGUCGGAAAUUAAGCUGCUAACGGGAAAGCUUAACUCGAUGGAGGAAUUCCGCAUGCAACGGGAUGAAUUGAUGGCCAAGUUUGACGCCCAGGAUACGGAAUUGAAGGAACAGAACAAACGCCACAAGACGACGCUUUACGAAAUGGAACGCAAAGUUAUACUGGAUAAGGAUCGCUUGCGGAAGGACGUGGAGAACAAGUUGCUUCAGCUGUCGACGGAGUUCACAAAGUCCUCUGAAAUACGGGUAGCUGCUCACACUCAGAGACUGGUUCGUGAGAAUAUCGCGCUGAACAACGAAAUGGAUCGAAUGAUUUUUACUCAAGAGCGAUUGGAGAAGCAGUAUGCCCAAUUGCAAGCGCAGAAUUUGGAUCUCCGCAACCAAGCCGAGAUCGAUUUGGUAGAGAAGCAACGUCUAAUGCAGACAUGUCAGGAACGAUUGGAUUUGAUCAAGCAACUAGCCGACCAAUACGAACAACAGCUGCACACAAAUGCUCAACUGCACGCCUACAAGGAGAAAGCAGAUGAGUUCGAAACGGAAACUCAAUCUACGAAGAAAGAAUACAACCAUCUACGCCAAAAGGUCCGCAUCCUCGAGCAGUACAUCCACUUCAUCAAUACCGAUCGCCAAUCGCUGCGCAACGAGUCAGAUCACAAUCGUAAAGAGUUUGAUCGGAUUUCGGAGAUUUUGAAAACGGUUCGCUUUACCGUGCGUUCCGCCUUCAAAGAGGACGAACAGGAGGACGAUUUGCCGUAUCAGGAAAUCAAACGCAAACGCUUGAUUGCUGACCUGUUGAACACGUUGACCGAACUGGAACUGAAACCUCUGGUCACCGUCUCCGUAGCAACGAUCCCGGAAGGAGCCGAAGGGUACGAGCAAGGCGAUCUCGGCGUUAUUCCACGAGAGACGAUCGAUUCCAUCAUAGCAAAGACGCAGGUGUCCUAUCUUCCGGAUACACCACUGAUCAGUUCGGAUGUGACUUCUUUGGCGGAGGAACAGGAGGACAGCGUCAGCUUGCGGAUUGCUUCCGGAAGCGAUGUGAUCGUCGACGUGGUCAGUGGUUCACAGCUGGUUUUCAAAGCAUCAGAAGAGACGUACGAGGAGGAAGUUGAGCCGGCGAAAGAGGAAGUGGAAGAGGAAGCCGAAGAAGAGAUGGAGGAUGGCGAAGAAAAGGGGAAGAAGGAAAAGGAAGCGGAAGAUGAGCUGCGGUCGAUUGGAGAUGAAGGAAGCGUCCAUGCUUCGGAAGCACGGUCGAUGGGUUCCGAGCGGCCGGAAGACAUCAUCAUCGAUGCGCCGGAUGUUUUCGAGGAUGAACCGAUCGAGUUUGGAGCCACCAAGAGUGAUUCGGAUUAG